AUGCCAAGUCAUUUUGAAACAAGAUCUUCGGCCUUCGACAACGCCACCGUUGCAUUCCAGAGCGAUCAGCACACACAUCUUUAUGGCUACCUUCAGUCAUUCCUCUACUUUGUUACAUACGAACAUGAACUGCGAUGUCAGUUUAAAUUCUCAUAUGACGUCAUAAAACACGCCGAAGAACUAAUUUCAGGGCAUUUGAAAUCCUUGCGCAUCACGAACGCCCAAGCUGUAACACUUGUAGCAGUUCACGUCCGGAGAGGGGACAAACUUUCGGCGGAUGUAAAAUCUGGCGGUGGGACUGUUGCCCCAAAGGAAUACAUUUUAAAAGCUAAGCAGUAUUUCAUUAAAAAGUACGAUCGAGUUGUGUUUGUCGUCUGCUCCGAUUCCAUGGACUGGUGUACAGGGAAUGUCCCCGGAGAAAGCACCGUGUUCGUCCGCGGCCAGAGCGCCGUGGAGGAUCUGGCAGUGAUGUCGCUGUGUCAGCACGCCAUCAUGACGGUGGGAACGUUCGGCUGGUGGAUGGCGUGGCUGGUCAAUGGCGACACCGUGUACUACAGCCGCAGGUUUCUGCCGGGAUCCAGACUGUCGCAGCAGUGGAACCUCUCCCACCAUUACCCUUCACACUGGAUCCCAAUGGAAUAA